AUGGUCAUCACCGAUAACAGUGCUGUGAAUCAAGAGCAAAUGUUCAAUGGCAGGUCCUUCAAUGAGUUCCUCCUCCUGCCAUUUGCAGACACACGGGAGCUGCAGCUCUUGCACUUCUCGCUCUUCCUGGCCAUCUACCUGGCUGCUCUCCUCGCCAACGGCCUCAUCAUCACAGCCAUAGCCUGCGACCACCGCCCGCACACCCCUAUGUACUUCUUCCUCCUCAACCUCUCUCUCCUUGACCUGGGAUCCAUCUCCACCAUUGUCCCCAAAUCCAUGRSUAGUUCUCUGUGGAACACCAGGGCCAUUUCCUACUGGGGAUGUGUUGCACAGGUCUUUCUGUUUGCCUUUUUCAUGACAGCAGAGUAUUCAGAGUAUUGUCUCCUCACAGUCAUGGCCUAUGAYCGCUWUGUUGCCAUGUGCAGACCCCUGCACUAUGAGACCCUCCUGGGCAGCAGAGCUUGUGUCAAAACAGCAGCAGCUGCCUGGGCCAGUGGCUUUCUCAAUGCUUUCCUUCACACUGGGAACACAGUAUCAAUACCAUUCUGCCAAGGCAAUGCUCUGGGACAGUUCUUCUGUGAGAUCCUCCAGAUUCUCAAGCUCUCMUGCUCAGACUCCUACCUCAGGGAAGUUGGGCUUCUUGUAGUUAGCAUCUGUUUAUUCUUUGGGUGUUUCCUUUUCAUUGUGGUGUCGUACGUGCAGAUCUUCCAAGCUGUGCUGAGGAUCCCCUCUGAGCAGGGCCGCCACAAAGCCUUUUCCAUGUGCCUCCCACACCUGGUCGUGGUCUCCCUUUUUGUCAGCACUGCAGUGUUUGCCCUCCUGAAGCCCCCCUCCAUGUCCUCCCCAGCUCUGGAUCUGACACUGGCCGUUCUGUAUUCAGUGUUGCCUCCAACAGUGAAUCCCCUCAUCUACAGCAUGAGGAACAAGGAGCUCAAGGAGGCACUGAGGAAAAUCCUUCAGUAUGUACAGUAUCCCAACUAA